AUGCUCAAAAAGAAGAAUGAAGAGCCACAAACUUCAAAGAAGGGAAAUCAAGACAUGGAAGAGAACUCACAAGAACAGAGGAAGGAAGUGAAGCCUUACACUCCUCCUCUGCCAUACGCUCAAAGAUUGCAAAGAGAGCUCAAGGAUCAACAAUUUCCCAAGUUCCUAGAAGUUUUCAAGAAAUUGGAAAUUAACAUACCACUUGCUAAAGCAUUGGAGCAAAUGCCCCUGUACGCUAAGUUCCUCAAGGAGCUCAUCAACAAAAAGAGAAGCUGGAAUGAAAAGGAGACUGUGAUCUUGACACAAGAAUGCAGUGCAAUGAUUCAAAAAGGGCUCCCACCAAAACUCAAGGAUCCUGGAAGUUUCAUCAUAUCAUGCACCAUAGGCAAUAUGACCUUGGAAAAAGCUCUCUGUGAUCUAGGUGCCAGCAUCAAUUUGAUGUCACUUUCACUGAUGAAAAAGCUUGCAAUAGAUAAAGUCAAACCCACCAGAAUGUCACUUCAAAUGGCUAAUAGAUCACUCAAGAUACCUAAUGGAGUUGCGGAGAAUCUAUUCAUAAAGGUAGGAGAAUUCAUAUUCCCUGCUGAUUUUGUCAUUUUAGAUAUGGAGGAAGAAGGACACAACUCUAUCAUCUUGGAGAGACCCUUCUUAGCCACAGCAAGGGCUAUAAUUUAUGUGGAGAAAGGUGAAAUGACCCUCAGAGAGCAUGAUGAAAAAAUGAUCAUCAAUGUCUUUAAAGCCAUACAACAUCCCCCUGAGAAGGAAAAGCAUAUGAGGGUGGAAAUGAUAGAAGAAUUGGAGGAGGAGCUACUUGAAGCCAAUGAUCGGGAAGAACAAGAAGAGGAAAUAGAAGUGGAACAAGACAUCAUAGAAGAAAGAGUAACAUAA